AUGCCGACGGGAAGCUGUUAUUGUGGAAACAUCAGGAUCGAGUAUACUGGUGAACCUGAGCGCACGGCAAUAUGUCACUGCUCGAAUUGCCGCCAUUACACCGGCAGCAUGUUCAGUAACAAUUAUGUUGUUCCGAGUACCCAAUUCAAAGUUUUUGGUGAACCGAAAGAAAUAUCGAAGAUCGCAGAUAGCGGAAAAAAGAUCGUGAACUGCUUUUGCGGUGACUGUGGAACCACAAUGUAUCGAUGGGGAGAUGGUUUUGGUGGUAAGGAAGGGAUGAGAAUCAUCCAGCCCGGGAUUCUAGACGAUAGGAGUGCUUUGGACAAUCUUCGACCGGCCCUCGAGAUGUUUGUUGAAGAUCGGGUGAAAUGGAUCUCUACUAUCGAGGGGCUUGCUCAGCACGAGGGAAUGCCUCCCCCAUAA